CUUUUCUUUAGUUGGAGAACAUCAGUUGACAGGCCAUAAGGUGGCAGUUAAAAUAUUAAAUAGACAGAAGAUUCGCAGUUUAGAUGUUGUUGGAAAAAUAAAACGAGAAAUUCAGAAUCUGAAACUCUUUCGCCAUCCUCACAUUAUCAAACUAUACCAGGUAAUCAGUACUCCAACAGACUUUUUUAUGGUAAUGGAGUACGUGUCUGGAGGAGAAUUAUUUGACUACAUCUGUAAACAUGGACGGGUUGAAGAGAUGGAAGCCAGGCGGCUGUUUCAGCAGAUUCUGUCUGCUGUGGAUUAUUGUCAUAGGCAUAUGGUUGUUCAUCGAGACCUAAAACCAGAGAAUGUGUUAUUGGAUGCACAGAUGAAUGCCAAGAUAGCUGAUUUUGGAUUAUCUAAUAUGAUGUCAGAUGGUGAGUUUCUACGAACUAGUUGUGGAUCUCCAAAUUACGCAGCACCUGAAGUCAUCUCAGGCAGGUUAUAUGCAGGCCCUGAAGUUGAUAUCUGGAGCUGUGGUGUCAUUUUGUAUGCCCUUCUGUGUGGCACCCUCCCGUUUGAUGAUGAGCACGUUCCUACAUUGUUUAAGAAGAUCCGUGGAGGUGUGUUUUAUAUCCCAGAAUAUCUCAAUCGUUCUGUUGCCACUCUCCUGAUGCAUAUGCUACAGGUUGACCCUCUGAAAAGAGCAACUAUCAAAGACAUAAGAGAGCAUGAAUGGUUUAAACAAGAUUUACCCAAUUACUUGUUUCCUGAAGACCCCUCUUAUGAUGCUAAUGUCAUUGAUGACGAAGCUGUGAAAGAAGUGUGUGAAAAAUUUGAGUGUACAGAAUCAGAAGUAAUGAACAGUUUAUAUAGUGGUGACCCUCAAGACCAGCUUGCCGUGGCUUAUCAUCUUAUCAUUGACAAUCGGAGAAUAAUGAACCAAGCCAGUGAGUUCUACCUCGCCUCUAGUCCUCCAACUGGUUCUUUUAUGGAUGAUAGUGCCAUGCAUAUUCCCCCAGGCCUGAAACCUCAUCCAGAAAGGAUGCCGCCCCUUAUAGCAGACAGCCCUAAAGCACGAUGCCCAUUGGAUGCACUGAAUACAACUAAGCCCAAAUCUUUAGCUGUGAAGAAAGCCAAGUGGCAUCUUGGAAUCCGAAGCCAGAGUAAACCAUAUGACAUCAUGGCUGAAGUUUACCGAGCUAUGAAACAGCUGGAUUUUGAGUGGAAGGUAGUGAAUGCAUAUCAUCUUCGUGUAAGAAGAAAAAAUCCAGUGACUGGCAAUUACGUGAAAAUGAGCUUACAACUUUACCUAGUUGACAAUAGGAGCUAUCUUUUGGAUUUUAAAAGCAUCGAUGAUGAGGUGGUGGAGCAGAGGUCCGGUUCCUCAACACCUCAGCGUUCCUGUUCUGCUGCUGGCUUACACAGACCGAGAUCAAGUUUUGAUUCAACGACUGUGGAGAGCCAUUCGCUCUCUGGCUCCCUCACUGGUUCCUUGACUGGAAGCACAGUGUCUGCAGCAUCCCCUCGCCUGGGUAGUCACACCAUGGAUUUUUUUGAGAUGUGUGCCAGUCUCAUCACCACUUUAGCCCGUUGAUGAUCUGUCCCUGGUUUCUAUCUUUCUGUCACUGCACUGUGAAGAUAAGACAUGUUCUUUAAAUUAUUACCUUCCAGAUAUCACAUACUCUGCAAUAGUAAUUGUGAGAUAUAAAUAUUACCAGGGGAAAUACAAUACCAUUGAAACUACUGAAAACAAAAAGCCUGACAUUUAAUUUUCUUUUAGAACUCUCAUUCUGUUGUGCCUCUCAUAAGCUCACACAGGCAGCAUUUUUAAUGGGUGGACAAUAUGAAGAUUGCUAAUGUACCAUAGUGAAUUCACUACGGAUGAUGAGCACACCUCACUGGCGAGCAAGCUAAUCUAGUACCUCCUUGUUCCACUACUUAGUGUAGGUAAAUCCAGUUUAUUUCCUAAAUUUCAGCAGGUUUUAAACCACGUUUUUGCUCCCAUUUUUGUUGCACAAGAAGAUUAAAAGACAAAAUAGUUAUCAUUAAGAUGCUUUUUAAAUGGUGAAAUCUUAAAAGUUUACCCUCUCCCAAAAUUUAGAAACUCAGCUCUUUAACAGUGUUUGCAGAUACUGCCUACUGUUCACCAGAAGGGCUGCGGUCCUGUAACAGGUACCCAUGAUUUUCUUAAUAACAGUUUUGUUUUGAGAUUCCCAGAAUGAUGUUUCUCUUAAGAACCUUAGAGGUUCUAGUUAGUAUUGAAACAUCUGAAAUUGGAACACUUUUUCUGUACUUUUCCAUAAGCUUACAUGAUUUAAAGACCUGUCUUUUUCAAAUUCUUUUCAUGUCUUUUAUUUUUGCACAUUACCAGUCAUGGUAAAAUAGUAGACAGUUAAAUGAAACAACUUGAAACAUCACUAGCCCUUAAAAGAGAACUUAUCUUCGAUCUUUUAUUUUGUGUGUAUGUGGUAAGGGAGGAUAAGGAAGUUAGAGUCCUGUUAUAUCUCACGAUGCUGAUUCUUCAUGUGAAAUUUAAGUUAUACAUGCCAUUUCCUUCUCCCCCUUUGCCUUUGACCGUUGUCUUUGUUCAUUGUCCUUCAGUGGCUGAUUACCUUAACUUUUGAUUCCUUUUUGGUUCCCUUUCUUGGCUGCUAGCCAUUUAGUUUGAAAACAUGAUACUGGCCCUAAGGGUUUUUAUGCUUCCAAAGCUUGAUAGGCUGUGACCUUCACCCUUGAUCCUGAUAGGGUGAGGAAGCCUUAAACAUUUAAAAAUAUUGUCUCUUGAAUAAAUAUAUGUGAUGUUUACAUAUAUACAUGUAUGUAU